AUGUGGGUUUGGGAAAAUGCUGAGUCAGAAUGCAUUACGAAUAGUGAUCAUAGUGUGGUGAUAGCAAGACUGGGUACAGGUAUCAUAGAUAAGAGGAAGCCAUUAGCAAGAGAAAAAAGGCUAAAGGGGAGGAAAAGAAUUAUACUAACUGACAAAGCCCAAGAGGAAGAGUGGGAAAAUUACAAGACUAAACUCAACGAAGAGAUAAUAAAAAGGUUAAAGACAAAAAAUAAAAUGCAAGAUGUAGAAAAAAGAUGCAAAGAACUAGACAAGAAUGCACUAUGGGACAUUAUCGCCAGUAGCAUCUUGAGUAGUGCAUACGUAACAUUACCAAACAAAAAGGUAUCAGCAAAUACAAGACCGAUUGGCAGCUAUAACAAGAAUAAUGGUACUCAACAUGAUUUGAAGAUACUGGGAAAAUGGUGUCACAAGUGUCAUGAGAAGACAAACACUGCUCAUGAGGCAAAAAAGCUUGGUAUUAGCUUCCAGGAGAGAAGUUUAGAUAAGGAUGCCUUGGAGAUAGAGGGAACAAGUAUACGAGGCAUAAUUACAGAGAAAGAGCUGCAUAGUUACAAAAAAAGCACUAGUUUAAACAUUUUUAUACUAGAGCAGUUAUUAACAAGGGAAGGAGAUAAACUUAUAACUUGGAAGCAAUUACGUAAAAUCAGAGGUCUAAAGAAAAGAGGACGAAAGCCAAGCUGGUUUAAAAGUAUAGAGUUAGAAGUAUUGACAGAAAGUAGCUCAAGAGAAAUUAAAGGAAAAUAUAAAGUAGCAGCCCCUAAUCAACAAGCAAUAGCGUAUAACUACGUAAGAAUCUCACAAGACAGAAGAAAGAGGGAAUGGAUCGUAUUCGAAAAGGACAAGAGCAUCGAGAUUGGUAAAGUAAUUAAAAAGAAACGCAAGUGCAUUGAUGUAGAGCAUUGGCAAAUAAUAAAGGAGAAUCGAGAAGGAGAUACGAUAAUCGAAAAGUGUAAAGGGUGUUCAGUUAAGGAGUCUCAGGAGGGGUGUUGUACAAUUCGGCAAAAACAAGAAUACAAGCAUCAAGUAAUAGAUUGUAUAGGUAGCAAAGAAGGCACAACGUGCAUAGGCAUACCCUUGUCAGCAUGCGCAGAGGUAUUCGAAGGCUCAGGUGGGAACCCCUGUAAAGAAUCAGAAAUCAUAGCAAUAAACAUAGAGGGAAUAGAAGAAACAAUAAUUCGAAGAGAAAUUAAAGAUGCAGGAAUUCA